AUGACUGAUCUCUCAAGGAGUCUGGACUCCAUUCCUUAUGAUGUUUUCUAUCAAAUCGCCUCCAAACUGGAUUGCUAUGAUUUUAUCAGUCUCAGUCGCGUCAAUAGAUCUCUGAAUCAUGCUAUGAGCAGUGAACCUAUCGCCCGAAAGACCAUCGAGAACAACCUCCUCCAUACCAAAGAAGGUCAAGAUGCAGACCGGUCAAAAUCCGGCUAUCGCAAAGCCGUUGGUCGCCUAUUCGAUAUCAAAGAGUCCUUCUCCACUGCUCAGCCAUACUCAGCCUCCGUCAUCGCCUACGGCACCACUUUCCUCUACGACUCCGGUUCGCUGUGUUACGUCCACGAUGACGACAUCCGCGUUCUGGAUGUCCAUGGUGCAGCUCAAAAAGAGCAGGUGAUGAACAUUUCCAACGUUGUCGCCCGUGUGCUGCCCCAUUACGCUCCAGGCACCAGCCCCAUCCGCCUCUCCCUACUGCACUAUAGCGACGGUAUCUUGGCGUUUCUGGUCGAGCUGGCUGAGGGUCCAGAGGCGUGGCUUUUUGCCAUCGAUCUGCGACGGCGACCGGCGAAUGCGCGCAAUGGUCGCUUGCGGCUGCGGACUCAGCUGUCAUCUACGCGACGAUUGUUUGUUCGUCAUAAUGGCUCUUAUCUCUACUACGGUACUCACUCGUCGUUAGGGUACGACGGAUAUCCGUUAUGGGCGAUUCACUGUGUCGACCUGCAGACGGGUCGUCAUAUGUCGGAGAAGCCUGUGGAGCUGGCGCAUUUUGCGGGUAAUGAGAUUGGCCAGACAGUGUGUUUUGGACUGCAUCAGGACCAUCUGUAUGCCGUUUCUACGCAGGUUGAUUGUGAAGAGGAAGAGGUUGACUGGACGUCAUUUUAUAUCUGGGUUUGUCUUGCUCCGGAACCGAAUACGCGACGACGGGUUACUCCAAACCGCACCUGGCGUCGUCAGCAUCGCGAAGGUCCCAUCAACGAUACUUGGACGGACCUCUCGCUGCGACAUGACGAGGCCACCAAACGUCUCAUGAUCCUCGAAUGUCGUCGCGAGUGGCGUAACGGAGGAAGCGAAAACUGUCGCACCUACUACAUGCAAGCCCUUCCAUCGCCAAACGAAAUCAACACCGGGAAGCAACGCACUGGCCCGACAGACGCACGAGUCCCCCAUCACGAACCCCUCAUCAAAGUCCAUGAUCCAUCAAGCAAACCAAACCAACAACCACCCAAGAAACGCCUCCGUCGACACUACCACCCAGAAUACCAACUAGGCGGCACCGGCCCCAACGACUCUUCCGCCCAACCCCAACGACGAGACUUCAUUCUAGCAAAGACAAAAUACCAUGCCUACAACCUUUCCGCCUCAUCCUUCGUCGACCUCGUCAACGACCCCUCCCCAGACCCCACAAAGGACAGCACAAGCCUAAUCCCCCACGACCGCCUCCGCCUGCGUACCGUCUCCCGAAAACGCAAAUGUCCCAUCGACGAAACAGGCGAAGAAGGUCCUCGCGGCCUCCUCUACCGCCCAGACCUCAGCGACACAAACGGCCAACCAAUAGACCACAGCGAGGAACGCUUCCUCUCCCGCGGCGUCCACAUGUGGCCUCCAGACAACGCACCCCCGGAACUAAACAACCUCCUCUGCCCCAGCGAACGAGCAGGCCGCGUCCAGGCCAUGGCCGACGAACGCUCAAUCGUCUACUCGGUAAACCACGACGGUCUGACAGACGGCAAACAAGCGCUGAUCCUCAUCAACUUCGACCCAUCGAUCAAAUUCCCCGGUCUUACACGGCUGCACCGGUACAACCAUCACUUGGGCGAGAUGUUUUCGUCUGCACAGGAUCCGGCUGGUGUGGCAGUUGGUGUUGAGCAGCCGCAGUUCGGGGGUCCGUCGAGGGAGCGGCAUGGUAUGUCUGUUGUUAGAACUAUGGGGAUGAAUGUGGGGUUGCCGUCUGUUAGGGAGGAGGCUGCGAUGUAUCUAAGGAUUAAUUGGGGGUAUUGGUUGAGAUAG